CUCGAGGAGAAUGCCUAUCUAUUGAGCUGCUACCUAUGGAACAUAUAUCAAUGACCCAGGUACAUUCUUCUUUGCAUCAUUCUCCAACUUCAAGGAUUCACUCCGACUUUCCCAACCAUGGACAGUUCAAAAUCACCAGAGGAUCCCACGACCAAGCCCUCAUUGGAGCAUGGCAAAGAUGAUACGGGGACACAUGUGGUCAUCACUGACUCGAUCGAUGCAUGUGCGGAACGAGGUCUCGUCCGGAAGUUCGACUUUCGCAUUCUUCCCGUCCUAGCGAUCAUGUACCUGUUCAACAGCUUGGAUAAAUCUAACCUGGGGAACGCAAAGACAGCGGGUCUGGAGGAUACUCUCAAGCUCCACGGCGACCAAUAUAAUAUCAUCCUCAGCAUCUUCUUCGUUCCAUAUGUCUUGACCGCCCCAUUCCUGGGUAUCUUGGGCAAGAUGUACGGCCCGAACCUUGUAUUGCCCUGUAUGAUGCUUACCUUCGGGCUGUGCACUCUCCUAGUGGUCACCGUUUAUAAUUUUGGCGGCCUUUUGGCGAUCAGAUGGUUCCUUGGCAUGUCGGAGAGUGCCUUCUUCCCGCUGGUGAUUUAUUACCUGACAACAUUCUACCGUCGAGGGGAAUUAGCCAGACGCCUGGCAAUCUUCUACGCGGCACAGAGCAUUGCAUCUGCUUUCUCCGGACUUCUCGCCUUCGGUGUUUUCCGCAUCCACUCUGGCCCCCUCGCUCCCUGGCGGUAUCUCUUCCUGAUUGAAGGCGCGGCGACCAUCCUCUUCGCCGCUUUUGUACUCUGGUACCUCCCUCGCUCAGCCUCGGAGGCUGGUUUCCUCACCGAAGCUGAGAAGGCAUUGGCCUUCACACGGAUGCAGCUCGACAGUUCGGCCGUGGUGAACGAAAAGCUCAACAUUCGCGACGCAUUGCGCAUCUUCAAACACCCGACGAGCUGGGCCAUCCUGGCCAUUCAGGUCUGCCUCGGUGUCCCUCUCCAGUCCGUGCAGCUGUUCCUGCCCCAAAUUAUCGGCCGGCUCGGGUACGGUACCGUCAAGACGAAUCUGUACACUGUUGCCCCCAACGUCUCGGGUGCCGUGAUGCUCCUUAUUCUUGCCUUCUGCAGCGACUGGACACGCUGGCGGUUCCCCUUCAUCGCUCUCGGAUUCCUCUUCACCUUCCUGGGCAUGGUCAUCUACGUCGCUAUCGACCCCUUGCGGAACAUCAAUGUCGCGUACUUCGCCUCCUUCAUGAUGACAUGGGGCACCUCGGCCCCGUCGGUGCUGUUGGACGUGUGGUACAACAAUAAUAUCGCCAGUGAAGGCAAACGAGUCGUCCUGACUAGUAUCGCGGUGCCAUUGGCCAAUCUGAUGGGCGUGGUCAGUUCGAAUAUCUUCCGCAACCAGGAUGCGCCCAAAUAUCUUCCCGCGCUGAUCACGACGGCUUCGUUUGGAGGGGCUGGGAUUGCUUUCACCCUCCUUCUGGGAUUUUGGAUGAUGAUGGAUAAUAAGCGGAGGGAUCGCGCGCAAGGGAUUACCUUGCGCGCGCUGGAUGUCCCGACCGAAAGGUUGAGGGAGGGUCCUAGCUGUCCUGAUUUCCGAUGGUUCCUAUAGAAUUAGUGACGAUGAUGACUUUCCGUGUAUAUUUCUUAUAAUUUCAUGUUUCGAUGACUAUUUUACUGGACCUAAAUCUUUUGAUCUAAUAGAUGGUCUACAGGCGGUAAAGCUGAGCGAAAUGGUUUGAAGCGCACGGGGAGUACGAAUUCUAGGCCUGUCUCGAGCUGCAUUAUUUCCGGGUGGCUUUUGGUGGUGGAAUAUUCAACACACCGCGGAUAGCGAGUUUGCCCAAGAUGCGCUGUAUAUCUUCCUUUGCGGAACCGUGACACAAAACACCGUCGGAUAUGCCGGACGAUAGGAUGCCUGUUAGGUUCGUUAAACCGGGAUGUCAUGCAACACGAGGUGGUUUAUAUUUGAAUGAAUCGGAAACGCCGAUGUUGGAGAAGGUCCGUUACUUCCGGUGAUCGGGAACGGGUAAGAGUGACCAACCACGACCACUUGGAUUACAAAUAAAGAGAAGAAA